GCUCUGCCAGGACCGUCUGCGGAAGUGGCUUCAGGCUCUUCCGGCGUUGAGUGAGCGGUGACGUCACUCGGCACCUGGUCAAGGUGCGGCGGCGACCGGCUGUUCCCUGGGGUCGCGGCUCGGAGCAGUGGCGACAUGUGCGGUUUCGAUAAAGAGAGUGGGCCCCGACAGCUGAUGAGGAAGGGCAUUGCCCUGAUCUUCAUUGGACACAUCAACUUCAUCAUUGGCGCUAUUGUCCAUGGUACAGUCCUCAGGCACAUCUCGAAGCCCAAGGACCAGGUGACCGUUGAGUACUCUGUGGCCAACAUCAUUUCUGUCGUCUCUGGUUUGUUGAGUAUUGCAAGUGGGAUCAUUGCUAUCUUAGUCUCACGAAACCUGCUCAAAGUAAGGCUGCACUGGGGACUGUUGGUGAGCUCUCUGUUAAACACGUUGACGUCACUGGCCUGUGCUGCUGGGCUGAUUCUGGCCAUUGUACUGACCGUAUCUCAAGGAGGCAGGAACCUGAUCUCCGGCUGCAACUCCACCAUGGUGCCAGCUGUUUCUGGCAAGUCGAUGACAAUCGACAACUGCCCCUUUGAUACAACCCGCAUCUACGACACCACUCUGGCGUUAUGGAUCCCAUCAAUGGUGCUGGCCACAGUGGAGAGUAUACUCUCCAUCCGUUGCCUCGUUGUGGCAAUGAUUCUUCGUGGGAUUGGCCCCUGUGGGCAGAAUGACAUGGUGGACCGGAUUGAGGAAGAAGAUCCAUCGAAAAGGAAGAAAUACAGAGAAUUGGAAACUUACAAACUCAUCAGUGAGAGCAGAGAGGUUCACCUGUAGAAGUGUGGAUGCUGCCUGACUCGCUGGGAAUUUCCACCUUUCCGUUUCCUCUUCAGACUUCCAGCAACAUUUCAUGUUUGUACAGUUUAUGUGAGAUAAUUGAUGUUGACAGUUCUUGGAUAUUUUUAAGGGGAAGGGGAUUGUCAGAAUUUUUAAUAAUGUAUUCUUAAAAAAGCCUUUGGUUUCCUAUUUCACUUUUGAAAUGUGUUUUUGAAGAAAAUCUACGGGUGAGACAUUUUGAGGGAUCGUUGUCCAAGCAAUCGGACUUUGGUCUUGCAGUAUUACCUCAUCACCUGCUGUCAUGAUGAAGCCUGUGGAUACCUGUUUAUGCUGACGUUAGUUCCGUGGAGAAGCUCCUCGAUGAACUGCCCUUCCAAUUUGGUCGCCAGUCUUAUAGGAUCUAUUCUCCUUCCCACCCAUCCACGAUUGUUCCACCUCCCUCUCCCCAACUUUCUCAGGCUCCCCUGCCCUGUCUCGGUUUGCAUGUAGAAACAGGUUUGCUGAUGCUCCUGUUGAGGCCUUUCUAGUUCAGAUUCAGAUUUAUUUAUGUAUCACCUAUGCGUGCAGCGAAGUGGGCUGUUUUCGUUCACAACCCACACAACCUGAGGGCGCCUGGUGGGCAGCCCGUUUGUCACCACACAUUCUGGUGCCAACAUGGCAUGUCCACAAUGUCCUGCAGGACAACAGCAGCAAAGCAAGCCCCCUUCCUCCCACUCCCAUACACCGACAGGCCUCCUGCCCCCAGGACCUUCUCACUGAGAUUCUGCAGAGGCUGGAAAUCCAGAGCAACACACAUAGAGUGCUGGAGGAACUCAGCGGGUCAGGCCGAGACCUGUGAUCAAAUCUUGGCCUGAAGGGUUGACUGUUCCCCUCUCUGCUUACCGUUGAGUUGGGCAGGUGGUGACAGAGCAUUAGUGCUCUUGACGCAAACGACGCAUUUGGCUGUGUGUUUCGAUAUACACAUGAUAGAUAAAGCAGAACCUGAGUUUUUCAGCUUCCGGGUUUCAGGCGGACCGAGACCCAGAACUCUCGGUGCUGAGUUGAGGCAGCGAAAGCUUGAUCCAUUUGUUCUGCGGUUCUACCAUCGGGAUUAGGAUUUAGUCUUCUCUGGAAGAAUUACCAGGAUGGGGGGAGCCUUUUUAUAAUUGUACAAGGGUUUUGGGGAGACUAAACGUGGAGUACUUAGGCACCUGGAGGAACUCAAUGCGUCAGGCAGCAUCUGUGGUAGCAGAUUCUUCAUCUGGACUGAAAGAGUAGAGGGGGGAGGUAGCCAGUAUAAGAGGAGUGAAACGGAGGAGUAAGAGCUGGCAGGUGCUGGUAGGCUGAUGGGGAGGGCUGUCUGUACCUUGAAGUCAUUGUGGUUCUAGGUUUACUGGGUUGCUUCCUGGGCUGAUGGGGGUUGUGUUAUAAAGGAAGGAUUAACCAGUGGAUACAACAUUUGGGUGGAUAUCAAAUCCCCUGCAAUUGUUCCUUUAAGACCAGCUGGUGAGUCACCGUAGUGGAGCUCCGGGCUUGCUCGGCAAGGGAGCGAUUGAGAAGUGGUCGAGCAGGUUCCUGGGUUUGGUGCAUGCUGACUUGGCUGAUCGAAGAGCACUGAACCUCACCGCCUUGGGAUAGGGAGGGGAAGGCGUAGCAGUCCCGGUGGGUGUCAUGGUGACAGACUAUGAUAGUACUACGUCAGCUCAGACUUGGGACCAAGGCAUGAAGUGAUUCCAGAGGUGAUGCCAAAUUCAAGAGGUUCAUUUGACUUUAUAUGAAACAAUGUAGGAAUUUUAUGAAGCAGGUGCAGAUAUUAAAUGUUAGCACUGUUCAUUUUUGUUGUGAAUGUACAGUUAAUUCAUUGUGUUAAAUGUCAUUGUUUCAAAUAAAGAUUGCUAAUGGAUAUUCUGUGCAA